CAUGUACAUGGCAUUUGAUGGGAUAGUGGUCAUCACUUAUUAACAUAAGAUGCAGUUAAAUGACAGAUCUUUUCUUGGACAAAGUGCGUAAAAUAUCUUAAUUUAGUGCAGAGCUAUGAAGCAUGAGGUUUCGGAGACGCCAUUUGAGUAGUUUCAUAAAAAAAUCUCUUGUCGUGUGCGUUGUGUUUGGUUUGCUCAAGAUAUGGAAAUUAAUUAUGGAAUCUACUCAAACGAAUGAACUGAGUAGAUCGAACGAAUACAUAGCCUUUCCUGUUCAAAUCUGCAGUCCUGUGAAAGUAGAAGAGAACAGAACCUUUCUUUCUGAGGGAUGUCCGUUUGCCAAUAAAUCAGCCGUAGUUAGGCAUCGUGUGCUAAUUUUAUCAUCAAGACCGUUGUCUUUUGCGCAUGAUUUAGUGACUAUUUUAGAAAGUCAUCGGAUGUCGUAUGGAAUUCAUAAUCUGAACAGUGAAUCAAUCGAUGCUUUACCUUCUUUGACUGAUCAAAAUAGGAAAUUAUGCGGUUGUAGUGUUCACGAGUUUUACUGAUUAUUUUGAACUAAGCCCUUGGAGGAAAAGGAUCAUUGAUGGAUAUUGUAGGGAUUAUGGUGUUGGAAUGGUUUUAUUCAAUGACGUCAAGGUUGCUCCACCACUUAUCCCCUCCAGAGAUUAUUUUCCUUUUGAAAUUUAUUCUGGCCAAUGCAAUUCAACUUGUAUCAUGUUUCUGCCAAUGCUUCCAUGUUGAGACUUGUUACUGGAAAUAAUAUGUUGGAUUUUGAGGAGUCGCACAUGUCCAGUGGAGAAAAAUGGUCAAUAUUUUUAAGACAAAAUGCACGCUUGCAUGAACAUUUUGAGAUUGUAGCUACCUCUAGCUUUCAUUCUACAAUACCUAUAGACAAUUCUAUGUAUUCACCAAAUCUGAAGUUCCCUGUUGUGCUUCAUGAUUUGGGACAACUAGACAAAAUUCAGAGAAUAUAUUUUGGUGCUGGUUUGUCAUUUUGGCCUCAUAAAUUGCUAUUUCUUGAUGCUCUUGGCUAUAUGUCUUCUGGCAAACUGGCCAAGUCUUUAGAUCGAUGGAUUCAAGUAGACAUUGAUGAUAUAUUUGUGGGUAGAAGUGGGAUAAGAAUGAAGGCAGAUGAUGUUCAGGCUUUGGUAAGUGCUCAAAAAUCACUUCAAAAGAUGGUGCCUGGAUUUCAAUUUAAUCUUGGCUUCUCUGGUAAAUACUUUAAAAAUGGUAAUGAAGAGGAGAAUGCAGGAGAUGAAGAAUUGAUUAAAAAUGCCCACAAAUUCAGAUGGUUUUGUCACACAUGGGCUCACAAGCAGCCACAUAAAGUUAAUACUCUUGAUGAGAUGAAAAGUCUCAUUAACCUAAACAUGGAGUUUGCAAAGAAACAUAAGAUACCCGUCGACAAUGCUUACUCAAUUUCACCCCAUCACUCAGGAGUGUAUCCUGUUCAUGAAAUACUUUAUGAAGUAUGGGGUAAGACCAUUGGUGUACAAGUGACCUCCACAGAAGAAUAUCCCCAUCUUAAGCCAGCAUGGCGACGGCGAGGAUUCAUACAUCGUGAUAUUAUGGUUUUGCCUCGUCAAAUGUGCGGUCUGUUUACGCAUACUCUCCAUUUGCAUGCGUAUCCAAGAGGAAAGGAAGUACUUUUGAAAAGCAUAUAUGGAGGAGAGCUUUUCAACGCAAUAGUGUCAAAUCCUAUCAAUAUUUUUAUGACUCAUCUUUCGAACUACGGUAAUGAUCGUUUGGCCCUCUACACUUUCCACAAUGUAAUCAAGUUUAUAAAAUGUUGGACGACCCUUCGCGUUAUGUCCUUGUCGCCGUUAGAACUUGGCAAGAAAUACUUUGAAUUGUUUCCUAGCGAGAGGCAACCUGUUUGGCACAAUCCUUGCAAAGAUCCUCGCCAUAGAGAGAUUUGGCCUUCAUGGAAGUCGUGCAGCAAAUUGCCUUCUUUUCUUAUCGUUGGUCCGCAGAAGACUGGAACGACCGCCCUGCACAUGUUUCUCUCUGUCCAUCCACAGUUACGUCAUAACAAGAAAAAUGAGAUUUCUUUCGAGGAAACACAGUUUUUUUCGUCUGUCAAUUACUUAAAAGGAUUGGAUUGGUACUUGGACAACUUUGAUGAUGUUCACGAAGACAAUUCAACUUUGUUGUUUGAGAAAACAGCCAAUUAUUUCGACUCGAGGAAAACGCCAUCAAGAGCGUUCGCGCUUUUACCUCAAGUUAAGAUCCUUAUUAUCCUUAAAGAUCCCGUAAAACGGGCGUACUCGUGGUUUCAGCAUAUGCGUUCACAUGAUGAUUUUACGGCAAUCAACAUCAAUUUCUAUGAUCUCCUAACGUCUAAAGAUAAUACCAGCUCCGCUGUGAAAAAUUUAAAAGCUCGCUGUUUGACACCUGGACUUUAUGCGGAGCAUUUAGAAAGAUGGAUGCAGUAUUAUCCAGCUUCACAGAUUUUAACAAUUGAUGGAGAGCAACUGUUAUCUGACCCAGUCUCCUUGCUAUUGGACGUACAGAUGUUCAUAGGAGUGACAAAUGUACUUGAUUACAGUAAUAUUUUAAAAUACAAUAAUCGCAAAGGUUUUUUCUGCCUAACAAAGCAUAAAUACAACGGACACACUUGUUUGGGAACGUCAAAAGGACGCAGAUAUCCUCCAAUGGCAGAAAAAGCUGAAAAACACCUUCGAGGGUUUUUUAAAGAACCAAACAGACGUCUCGCUGAAAUUCUUCAUAAAAUACGUCAACCUUUACCUCUCUGGUUACGUUCUGACGUUUCAUGAAACGCAAAUAUGGAAAUAUUGAAUUGAAUAUUAUGUUAAUAUAUUUUAUGUAUUGUUUAAGAAUAGAUGAAUAUGUAAUAGUG